UGCACAGCAGAGCACCACUCUCGCGAAGCUUAUCUCCUCGUCAGCGAGGUUCCUUGUCAACACGAUGACCACGGAAGGAGAAGGGUUUCUGAGUGCGCGGCUGGACGUUGAGCAUCAGAGCGCCGGCGCCGGUUCGAACGGUCGCCGCCGACAAGAGGCACCGAAGGUGGUUAUGGUGAUCGGGAUGCCCCGGGCCGGCAAAUCGAACCUCGCCAACAAGUUGCUGAAUCACCCCACGUGGGACGCCUUCGAGGAAGGCGAUGGCACGUACGGGUCCACGACCGAGACCCAAAGAGUAGAGUGGGCCGACCUGGUCGUGAUUGACACCCCCGGUUUUCCCGGCCACGACCCCAAGACCACUUCGAAGAACUUCGAUGCCUUGGUCAAGGCGCUGAGAAGGGAAGGCAGCCUCAGCACUCUGAUAUUCUUGGUCCAGCAGGAGGAAGUGAGCCCGACGGAGUUCCGCGACUACGCCGUCCUCCUGAGGCAGCUUAACCACCUGCCCUGCUCCAAGCUGAUAGUGUGCCGGCAGGCGGCGUUAAGCAGGCGCCACAAGCGAACGGAGGAGGAGAGAAGGCAUUCAGGCGCCCAGUUCGUUGAGGGCGUGCUGGACGACAGCGGCCUGAACAUGCCGCUGGUGUUGCUCAACGACGGGUACGGGAGCGAAUCAAUCAAGCAGGUGGACGAGAUCCGUCGGUUCGUUGGCCGGUCGGAACGCGCCCGGUUAGACCUUGUCGCCUCUCUACGAACGUUCGCCGAGCUCAGAUCUUUCGCGGCGAAGCUGGCCGAUCCGGCGUCUCGCCUUCGUACCGUGCGAGAGGAGGUCGAGCAGAUGGAGGCGUCGCUGUGGCACCGAAGCCUGUGGAUGGCGUGCCAGGUGGUGCCGCUGGCGUACAUUUCGGUGUCCUCGCCGGGGGCGGGGUGCAUAUGGACGGGCCCGUACGUAAAGCGGGAGCAGGAGGCCUGCGCCAGGCUGAGGAAGGAACUCAACGAUAAGAAAGAAGAGAUCGAGCUCGACAUUGUCGACGAACAGGAGUUGCGCGCUGCACAGGGUGUCUUGGCAUUCCUCGACUACAUGUGCGCCUAGCAAUGGCGCCUAUUGCAGCCACCGCGGAUUGUGCCGCGGUAGGCGUGAGUCUUGACUGCGGCUGCUCCUGGCUGCUGUUCAGCAUCUCCCCUUUCAGGUAUCAGUAGGAUAUUCUGCCGACAGGGCAUGCUUAGUAGAGGAAACAGUUUAGGAACUGGACGUUCGGAUACGUGUGCGAUGUGGAAGAUUGGUCGCCGCCGGUAAGGAGGCUACGCCGUUCUUGUGGGUAGGGGUGUGUGUACAGCGUGCUGCAGCCGAUUCACCGCCGGAAAUAUGAAUGAUGGGUUGGGUCUGCCAGCCUAAUUUCUGUAUUGUAGUGUUGGCACGUUUAUCGGCCGUUGCUGCCCAGCGGAACUCGUCGCGUGCGUACCUCGUUUGGAACCGUUUUUUGCAAGUUUCAGUUCUCCGGUGGGCGGAGCUUGGGAUACCCUUCUCUUUGUUUCAGUAGAAUUACGUGCGCGUAAGAACCGCGUCAUGUCCACCUGAGCGUAUGCCACAGACUGUACCUACGCUGUGGCUCGGUUCAUGGCAGGCAACGAAUUGUGGCCGAAGCACUCGGUGUUUGUCGGUGAACUUUUGAAAACAUCGGUUUUGGGUUUCCACACACUUCGGGGAUGUUCUGGGAAAUGACCUUGCCGAGCUUCGUUUUUUUUUUCACCAUGUGUCGUUCACGCCACUAAGCUCGCUAUCCUUAAAUGGGUGAUUUUAUUGUAAAAAAUCUCACUAUUACAUCGGGAAUUUAGGUGCCGGGGUGUAGAACCAGCGCUCACUACGUACGAGCCCACGGGCGAAGCGGUAGGGUAUCUUGGGCGUGGGGUAGGAAGUAGGGGUAUUCCUUAGAAAAGGGUAUCCUCUAUGGUGCCGUUGGUUUACGGUUUCGCGCUCCAUUCACUGUAAAAAGGGCGAGAAUGGUUUCAGGUGAACGGAACAUUUUUACGAGUAGCAUUGCGCAAAGCAAUAUCGCCAUUGCGCAAGGCAUACGGCCUUGUUCCAUAUUAGGGCUAGUCCAUUUACGCGGACUACGUUUACCAUCCAUUUAUCAACGACCAAGCUGUUUUACCGGAAGGGGAUUGCAUUGGCUUGUGUGUUGGAGGUUUUGCUAAAAGAGUUCAUAUUCUGUGUUUGGAAGUAGCGCGUCACCCCGGUUGUACCAUCCCGGUGGUACGAAGAUGGUCCAUGAGUGGUAGUGGGGCGGAGUUCGAAUCUCGGCGAAAACAGUUUGUUGAACACUUCAUGCCAAAGAGUGGAAAGCGCCUUCGUGACUUCAGAAAGACGGGGGUGAACCCAUAUCGUGAUAUAUAUGUAUUAUAUUUUAGGGCAAGCACACACCAUAGGAUUUCAGUAAGGUGACCCCGAUCGAUGUUAUGCAGCUAGAAGAUAAAUAUGUUGAAAUGGAGGGGUGCAAAAUGCGUAGGGAACAGUACGUGAACUGCUGGACUUUUUCUUUACUCGCGAUGAAAGUAUUUGGGGAUGUUUGGCGGUAU